AGAAUAGGCAGUUCUAUGGGGGUGCCGGCCGGGUGUAUUGCGGAUCCGCAAUACACUACGGAUGUGUGAAUGGACCCUUAACAAUAAUUUCCUCUUGGAAAAGUUGUUGCAAAAUUACUUUGAUAAAGACACACAGAGGAGUCGGUAAUGACAGUGAGUGUUCUAUGCAGGUUACAGAAACCUAGAGGUGAAGGUCUACAUAUGCCCAAUUCAGCUGCUGAAAGCCAGGAUAAACUGAUGCUCAAUGGAUUUAACUAUUCUCUUAAAUGGCAAGUCUGCCACCUUGUGGAAAAAGUUUGCAUCAGCAUUAAUCCCAGAAAACCUUGCAGGAAAGCCGCUCUGGCACUAUGUUCAACUCUAUGACUCGGCUCUGUUGACAUGUGACCAGAAAGCUUUCUAUAUGUUUUGUAAAUGUGUUUGUAGUAACCAAUGACAAUGACGUAACUUGCAGGUGAGUCACAAACAUCACCAUUUCACCCACAGUGCAAAGUGUCUGGUUAGAAGGUCAGGAGAGGAGGACGAGUGAGGAAGCACAGACAUUUCUUAAUAAAAGCCAUGGAGAAUUCAGACACUGACAGUGACAAACUGAAGGUGGAAAAUGAGGUCAAUGUGAAAGAAGUGGCUUCACAGAAUGAGGAAAGUAUAACAUCAGAGGAAUUAGAAGUAAUACCUGAUGGUGCAGUAUGCCAAUUUUUUCUCUUAGGAUGCUGCAGGUUUGGGGAUAAAUGUAGAAACUCCCACUCAGGUGUUCCUCCAGCAUCCAGUCCUCAUAUGACAAAAGAUAACAAAGGCAAAGGCAACCAAACACCUAAACCAAAGGGGAAAAAGCCUCCAAUGAAGACAGCCAGUGAUGUCAUAUCCCGGAUUCAAUGGGACGCACAGUUGCCAAAGGAACAAUUUAUAGUUGGUUACCUUGAUAGAUUCUUGGGAAUAAUUGAGAAACCUUUCUCUGCAUUUUGUUGGGAAGAUUUAGCAUCCAUCGGGGUAGAUGUUCUUGCCAUACCCAAACAUCGCAUUCAGCAUUUCAAAUAUCAAGAUUUGGUUGUGUGGGACAAGGCUAGUCGAAUAGACAAUGUAUUUGGGUCAACAGGAAGCGGCCUGACAAUCUUGGAUAUUAUUGAUCAGUAUGAAACAUUGAUACAAGCAGAAAUAAAUAAUUUGGAUGAUAACAAUCAACAGGAGACUCUUGAUGUGGCCGUUGAAGAAGAUGAUGCAGAAGAAGAACUUGAAGAGAGCUGUAAUUCUUUAGCGCAAGAGGAUACAAAAAAAUUGAGGCCAACACAUUUUAUAGCAGUUCGUAUAAGCAGUGGUGAUUUGAGACAAUCAGUAAAGGAGGUUCAAAACAUCCUCCAAAAGCAUAACCCAGAUAUGUCACAGUUUUGUAUCCCAUUGCCAGAACUUCACUUAACUUUGUGCCUUUUGCAUUUGGAAUCUCCAGAAGAUAUUGAUGUUGCCUACAUAGUGCUUCAAGAACUUAAAAGCGACAUUCAACGUAUUCUUCCCCCAAGUCUUAUCCUAAGCUUCGAUGGACUGAAGGAUUUUCAUUCACGUGUGCUCUACUUAAAACCUGCGCCCAUUCCUGGCCUAGCAAGCUUUGUAAGCAGGCUAAAUCAAAGUUUUCGUAGUAAAGGUUUGAAAAUCAUUGAUCCACCACAAUCCAACACCUUCCAUAUGACUGUAGCAAAAAUUCCUAGGAACGUCGCUAGUAAAAAUCCAAAUCUUCUUUUCCUCCCAGAGGUGUACAGUACAGUUCAGCUCACCCAUUUUGGGGCACAACAUAUUGAUUGCCUUAGUUUCUGUUAUGCUGGAAGCUCAAGACGAACUGAUGGCUUUUAUACAACACUUCUAGAAUUACCUCUUUACUGAUUCUAUAAUAUAAUUACACUGUAUAACUGCAUCAAAAUUAAUUUUCAAUAGCAGAAAUGAGCACCCAAUUACUGUACAUGGGUAGUACCUUAAUAUUGUUAACCCAAGACACCAACUGAAUUUGUGACGCCAUUAACAUUUUAUAUAUAGAAGAAACAUACCUAAAAAGUUGGAUUAGGCCUUAUGCAAUGCUGUGAGACAUUUGCAUGGAGCCUUUGGGUCCUGGAGGACAAUCUCCCAAUUUUUUCCCUGUUGAAUUUGUACAGAAUCUGACAAAAAUAAAUCAUAUGCCUUUGUAUGAAAUCAGAGGCAUACAGAUGUACAGCCAAGGCCUAGCUUUGUAUGUUCACAGCUUUACUUGAAUUGACCCUAGACUGCAGCCUUUAUUAUGGUUCAGAGCUAUAUCCUUACUUCUGCUGGUAGUAGAUCAGAAUUCUCCUAGCAUUCCUUGCUGGUCUAAUGUUUAAAAAAAACAACAAAACAAUGCCAGGCACAACCCAUAGACA